UUGUAUAUAAACGCAAUAAAUUACUUGCCAAACAACCGAGGCAGUUGUUUAACCAAACCAAGUGCCUUAGGCAAUGUUAUAUCUUCAGUGCUGUUGACUAUUUAACAAAACUGUCGUCAAUUGGCUAGUUAUGUUCAUACAACUACAACCAUUGGAUCAUUACUACUUAAAAUCUUUAAAAAGACAGAGAAAUGCGUGAAGUUAUCAUUAUUAUUCUGAUGACUGGAUUUUACCAACUAAGUUCAGGGAUUCGAUGUUGGACAUGCAGUAACCAGCCAACAAUGUUCGAUUGUAUAAUGAAUGGGGAUCUUCGCACAUGCCGACCAGGCCAAGAUUCUUGUGAGACCAUACAAAGAAGAUGGGGUUCUACGACAAUCAUCAUGAAAGGAUGCAAGCAAACAGAAGCUUGUUUAACUGAUGCCCGUGUACAAGUUCAACUAGAUCAAAGAGGAGAAAGACAAUGUAACGGUGAUAGAACAAACUCAGUAUGUACAUGCUGCUGUGACACCAACCGAUGUAACCUUAACUCAAGAACCUGCAGAGGAAUGCAAUUCGAUUGCAAUCUCCCACCAAGUGUAGCCAACAGCAGAGCAGUUUGUUCAAUGGGGAACUCACCAGGGUCUGCCUGUCGAUACCAGUGUGAUGCUGACUACUCAAUUCAUCCAUUUGAAAGUCAAAUUUUGAACUGUUUGAUUGAUGGAACAUGGGACAGACCUGCACCAUGUUGUGCCAAGAUAUGUCCUCCUUACCUAAACAGGGAUAUUCUCACUUUAAAACAGUCAAGGAACCUAAAUUCCUGGGUGGAAUUCAAAGCAAAGUUGGUGACUCUAUACGGCCACUUCUCAGUGCAAAAUGACAGUGCAAGGGUGGGUUUGAUUUCAUACGGAAACAGAGUCCACAAUGAGCUAACAAUUCAGCUUUCUGACUUCAUAGAAGACAGACUAGAACUCUUAACCAAGAUCAGCAUAUUGCCCUACAGAGCAGGUGGUGACCAAGUGAAUACAGGUGCGGUGUUGCUUUCGGUUGUUGAAAAAUACUUUGGUUUGAAUCAAGGAGAUCGACCAUUAGUUCCAAACAUUGUCAUUGUUCAUGCCGAUGAUGUUUCUUCUGAUGAUGUAUUAGAACCGGCAGAAACAUUGAGAAAUCUGGGAUUUGCAACAUAUGCAAUUGCAUCAUCAAGCAAUAACAAUACAGAAUACCACCAACAAAUGUCAGAUAUAGCUGGACAUCCUUCAAGAUUGUUCUAUGAAUCAGAUGUCACGGACAUCGGCUUCAUAGAAGAACUAGUGUUAAGUUUAUGCUCCAAUGUAUGUACCUGAAACAUAUUAAUAAUGUGUCGUAUCAUAUUCUAUAUUAAACCAGUGUCACCAAACUGAAUCUUGUCUUAGUUUUUGUAAAGUUAAAGUGUCAAGGUAGAGUAUUUCAUUUUGAGCAAGUUGUGUUAAUAAAUGUCUUUUGCA